AGCAGCCAGAUGUCACUCCAGCCAGCUCUUGUCUUCCAGAUAUCUCCGAUUUGCAGCCGAAAACAAACCAAAGCCUUCUUCGCAAUGAGUAAAAUCAUCAUCUACGAGCACAGUGACUUCAAGGGGCUCAGCAAAGAGUUCACCAGAGAUGUUCCCAAUCUGGUCACCGAAAACUUCAAUGACUGCAUUUCGUCGAUAAAGGUAAUCGGCAUGCCUUGGGUAGCUUAUGAACACGCUGACUACCAAGGCCGUCAGAUUGUAUAUGAAGAAGGGCAGUAUGCCAGUGUGGCCAUGAAUGAUACUUUUUCUUCCCUAAAACUCAUCACUGACAACCUUGACGAUCCUUUGAUCUCCCUUUAUGAAGACAUUAAUUAUGGUGGAAGAAGCAAAGACAUCACUACUGAAACGAACCUCUGCUUUGCUGACUUCAACGACAAAGCCUCGUCCCACAUUGUGCAAAGAGGCGCCUGGGUCCUGUAUGAGCACACAAACCGCGAAGGCCGGCAGAUCAUCGCUCGUGCAGGGGAAAGAGCGCCCAACUACUGUAACUUCGGCUUCAACGAUCAGCUCUCUUCUCUUCGUCCGCUGCAGUACGGCUCCCCUACAGUGAAAGCUAACAUUCAGUGGGAGAAAAUGAUCAAGGAAUCGGAGAGGAAUGUGAAGAUCGACGAGCUGGUUGGAAUUAAUAAAUCGGACACUGAGCAGUCAUUUUCUUCAACCGCCACCAAAGAGUAUGAAACCUACGUCAGCCAGAGCAUCACCUUCAGCAACUCCACCUCCAUUACUGUUGGUACUUCAUUCUCCCUUGAUAUCGUGCCUGGUGUUGGAAUGGAGAGCAGCAUUUCGGUUUCCAACACCUUCUCUGUUGAAAAAGGGAAAACCGAAUCUACAACUUCAAGAGAGAAGACCGAAUUCACCCUCCCUGUGAAAAUCCCACCACAUACAAAACUGACUGUUAAUGUCAUGAGAAAAGAAAUGUCUGUGAGGGUGCCGGUAGAGUUUACUGUCACUCGAGGUAACAACACUAAAAUAGAGUACGGGGAGUACCGGUGCAGCUCAGGGAGCUCAGUGCAUGCUGAAUAUUCAUCUGAACGUGUGUAAUGAGAUGGAGAAACAAGCUUGUCUUUGUAUUAAAAUCACUGAAGCAGUUUUAAAUGUCAUACAAUGUUAUACUGUGAAUCUGAAACUACUGAUAUGCUGAGAAAGAAAAUAAAAAAUUUAAAAUCG